AGUCGAUUGUGUAGUUUUAGAGAUUGAACACGAUAUGAGUUUAACAUUUCGUGUAGUAGAAGUUUUUUGUUUAUCUGGAAAACUUUAAACAUGUACGAUCUAAUUUUGAAGAAAAAUAAGAACGAUAAUGAUAAAUGGCGGAAAGUCGUAAUAACCGUAACUUGUAUAUUUUUUUGUAUAUGCGUUGCUAUAAUUGUACUAGACAAUACGCUAGGAAUUUUUGACCUGAACGGUUCCAAAAUGAAAAAUUGUUCGGCAAGACAUGGUUACCGCAAAAUUUCAAAGCCGUUGACAAGUUUUGAAAGUAAUAAUUUUAAACUAAAAGAAACGAAUGGUGAGUGUUCUGUAGGAAUUGAAUCGGAAGGCUGUGCUAUUAGCUGUGAUGGAGUGACUGUACAAGAUAUAUUGAAAAGUGAUUUUGAUAUCUGCGGUGGAAGAAACGUAAUACUUACACUUAAGAGUUUAUCCAUUCCUAAUGGCAAAUUAGAGGAAGGAUGGUUAAAUGGCUUUCCCCUUCCAGUAAAAUCGCUCCAAAUCUCAGAAAGUGUAGAUGAAUUAGGGGAACGGGUUUUUAGUGGUGUUCCUUUUCAAAGGUUAUCAAUUUUAAUAUUGGACAACACGAAUUUAUCUAAUUUAAAAAAGAGUAGCUUAGAAGGUAGCAAACUUGUUAGAAUGGAGUUCAGGUUCACCGAUACGAGGACAGUUGAUUUUGAGUGGGGAUUUUUACAACCUGUGGCAACUACAUUGAAGGUACUACAAAUACAACGAUGUUAUCUUGAACCUGAGGAUAUCGUAAAUUUAACAGGCACAGGCACAACUUUGCAAAUAGUUGAAUUGGAUAUGAUGUAUAAUUCUAUAGAAUACUUGAAGAAUAACUCAUUUAUUGACAUACCCAGAGUUAGUCAACUGUAUUUAACGGAUUGCAACAUCAAAUAUAUGGAAAAAGAUACAUUCAACGGCAUAGGGCAGGCUUUAAGCUUGCUUAGCAUUAAUAAAAACUCUCUAAGCACAUUACCAAAGGGAAUUUUUAGAGGCUUUCAAUCUACGUCUUCAAAUUUUGGUCUAUAUGACAUUUCAAACAAUCCGUGGAUAUGUGAUUGCGAUCUGCUAUGGUUAAAAUACUUUUAUAUUACUCAUAAAGGAGUUUAUUUUGGCGGCGGCAAAAUUCCGUUUCUUUGUUACACUGAUGAAGGUGCACAAGAUUACAUGAAGGUUGAUUUUUGCCCUAACAAAACGACAACUACAAGUUUUACAACUUUAACAACUUUAAAACCUACUACAGAAACGGCAAUAACUCCAGAACCGACACGAUUGACUUCAAGUUACCAUAGUAGCUUAACUGAUACUGAAACUUCGAGCGAAAUAAUAACCACUGGAAAAUUAACGACUCAAACACCUUUGGAGCCUACUAGUACGAUGUCAAUUAUAUUUAGUGACCCUACUACAGACGUAACUACUAUUACAGAAGCACAAACGACUAAACCUACAGAAUAUAUUAGCAUAACUUGUGAUGACUGCACCAAAAAAAUGUAUAAAAGCUCCAACAUUAAUAGGAUAUACAGCCAUACACUGUCUGUAAGAAACGGAUCCAUUACGUAUGACUUUUACGAGCUAGAGGGCACUCCGAAUUACGAAAUAACUUUACGCAACUCAGUAGACGACGAUUACAUGAUUUGGUUUAACGUGGAUCAACACGAUGAAAGGGGCUGUGAAUAUAAUAUUAAAGAAGUCGUUAAUUUGCAAAAGCUAAGCUUUAAUAAAAAAUAUAUUAUUUGUUUACUAGGAAAAAACGAUUCUACAGUUUCACCCUUUGAUUGCACCUCCCUGGUCGUACCGCCCGAAUGGAGUGAAAAAACUUGGAUUUUUAACAAAGAUAAAGUUCUUUUGAUAGUAAUGUAUGUUAUAACUCUUGUUAUAAUCGUGACAAUAACUGUUUUAAUUGUAUAUUGCAUAAUUAAAAGACACCCAAAACUUAUAAAAUCGAACAAAAAACUGAGUGAAGAAGAAGACGUUAUUUUUAAUAAUAACCAAGGUGUUCCUUCGGUUAAUUCAUUGUACUCAGCAAGCGAUGGGUAUCUUUCACCAAGAAUUUUGACCAGAAGAUGGAGUAGUAGGAAGCUAAGUACCAUCUCGGAAAAAGAUUACGAGGGAUCUUUUAAUGCAGUAUACAACGUGUCAGAAGGUCAUUUAUACGAAGCUCCACCUCUUCCACCUAAUCAUCCGUCCAGGUGGAGACAGUUGGAAUGCGGAAAUGAUUUUUUUCCUUCGUCCAUAUACCUAAAUAGAAGAAACAGCUUUAUUAACGAAAUCAGACAACCCGUCUCCCCAGCACAGGACAAUGUUAGAUCAAAGAGUUUACCUGAAGAAAAUAGCAAAUAUUUUGCAUUUCAUCUUAGCAAAUUAAAGUAGGUUUGAGUACGAUAAAAAACUUUUUAAUUUUCAUUGGAAGAUUUCAAUAAAUAUGUAACUUAC